AUGGACCAUUGGAACGGUACAACAAAUGCUACAGUCACUCUCGCUCUGAUCAGAAAACCUGCCGCCGUACCCGUCACACAUCCCAAAUACGGUGGUGCUAUCAUCUUGCAACCUGGUGGGCCUGGAGCCCACGGCGUUCAAUUUGGACUCAGAGUUGGAGAGCAGAUAAGUAGUCUACUCGACGCUCACGAAGACGACGAUAAAGGCAAACACUUCGACCUGAUCUCGUUCGAUCCAAGGGGAAUUGGUCUUUCCACGCCCAGGGUUGCAUGUUUCCAGGGAAAUCCGAUUUUGGAACAAGUUUGGGGUAUUCGCGAUUGGGAGCUGGGAUCUUUCAGUGCCUCGGAUAUCGCUUUUGGACGUCUCUGGGCGAUGUCUAGAGCAAAAGGUGAAAGCUGUACUAUCAUCACUGAUGAGCCAGAUAUCAAGAGAUAUGUCACGACUGCCUAUGUCGCACGCGAUAUCCUGGAGAUCAUCGAGAAGCAUGGCGAGUGGCGAGAGAAAGAAGCAACACGGUUGUUGGCGAAUAAGUACCAUGAUACUCGCGAAGUUGACAGAUCAUCUCAGAUCAAUUAUCGGCCAGGUCAGGAAAAACUUCUCUACUGGGGCUUCAGUUAUGGGACAUACAUCGGAUCCACCUUCGCCGCAAUGUAUCCUGACAGAGUCGGGCGUCUCGUGCUGGAUGGUGUGGUUGAUGUAAUCGACAACCUGCAAAUCACGUGGUAUACUGACUUGGUCGAUACUGAAAAGACCAUGGACUCCUUCUACCACUACUGCGCUGAGGCAGGGUACCCUACUUGCGCUCUGACGAACCCAGAUGGCAAUACGAAUGCAACACAUGUCAAACAGAGAACCCUCGCCGUGAUCGAGAAACUCCGCUACGAUCCUGUGGCGGUGAUAGGCCCAAAUCCGGAAGUUAUCACCUCCAACGACCUACGAAUGCUUAUCUUCUCAAGCCUAUACAAGCCUGUAAAAAUGUUUCCGGUCCUUGCAAACACUCUCGCCGACCUGGAGAAGGGCAAUGGAAGCAGUGCUGCACAGAUGCUGCGACCAUACCAUUCCAUGGAAUGUCGAGCUGCCUCUUCUGUUGAACGGGUUUUUGAUCUUGACGCCCAGACAGUGAUUACCUGCACUGAUGGCGACGACCUAACGAGCAUGGACCGCACCGACUUCGAAAGCUUCGCCACACGGCUUAUGGAAAUCUCACCCACCAUCGGCGAUAUAUGGGCAGCCAUCCGUAUGCAUUGUAUACACUACCCUCUGCGCUCGCAAUAUCGCUACGCUGGACCCUGGGAAGUGUCUCCUGCGCAGCCAAUUCUCUUGAUUGGCAACACGGCUGAUCCAGUGACGCCAUUAGUCAACGCCUUCAAGAUGGCAGACCGUCUCAAAGAUAGUGUCGUCUUGGUGCAAGAUUCGCCGGGACAUGCUACGUUGGCUGCAUACAGCAAGUGCACUACACAAUAUGUGCGACAAUACUUCACGACAGGAAAACUGCCACAACACAACACGACUUGUCAAUCAGACGAGAACCCAUUUGAGUUCGGACAAGAUGCACUAAGGACGGCUGCUCACACACAACAUAUGGAGAUUGCGGAAGCUUUCACAAACUACGGAUUAGGUCUGCAUGCGCAAGUGGGCCACAUGAACUAG